GAAAAAAAUCGUUGCCAACUGUAAACAAAUAAGAUGGAUAUUGACAGUUAUGCUGAAUGUUUCUUUCACAAUAAUGUAUUUAAAUUUUAGUGUAUAUCGAAUAAACUAAUCAUUAAACAGUUCCUCACAAUAAUUCACAGUUUCAUCUUGUGGAAUGGUGCUGUUUUAUAUGAAAUAUGUUGAGUGUAUUGGAGGAAAGGAAAACUUCUGUUCCAAGAGUUAUGACCGAUAUAUCUGAACCUAAAUCUGUAUCUGAUGGCGACCCCUCCAGGUCAUUUAAAGAAAUAACUGCUAGUCCUCCUUCCUUUGACGAAUUAAAGUCUGUUCAACAAACAAAAAGACUUCUUCAAAAGAAAAAUCAACUUCAUCCAUUAUUUGCCAAUCAUCCGUACCGAUGUGCCAGCAUGUACGGACCCAGAGCCACCAGCUCUCGACCCAAGCUCAAGGAUGUUUCUCAACGUAUUGUGUCUGCCAAACUGCUUCAAAUUAAAGAACUACGCAACCAGCUUACACUUACCCAGCAUCAGCUUAAUGAUGUAACCAAUGAGAAUCGUUUUCUAAAGACGCUACAGAAGAGACAAGAAGUUGCUCUACGAAAAUAUGAAGGCCAUGAAGCUCGACUUCCUCAACUCAUUCAAUCUCACAAUGAAGAAGUGCGAAUACUUACCUCCAAAUUGAAACAGCUGAAGCAUACAAACCAGCGACUGGUAGAUAAACUGAAGAGCGCAGAACAGCAGUUGAGCAGUCUGCAAGAGGAGCAUUGUCACCUCUUGGGGUUGAGCCGCAACCAGCAGUUGGGGGAGCGAGAGGCUCUGGCUACUCAGGUGGAGGAGCUGCAGCACACUGUCCGAAACCAGCACAACACCAUCCAGCUGCUGACCAGGAAAGUGGACCUGGAGAGAAAGAACUAUAAGCACGAGUUAGGGACUGAGAAGAAUAAACGUAGUGAAGUGGAGCGCAAGUUGACCCUGGCUAUGCAAACCAUUGAGAACCUUAAGGAUCAAAUUGAGGCUAAAGAGAAGUGUCUCAGUGCAAUUGUGCCAUCUAGAUACGUCCGAAUUGGUCACGGUUUGAGCCAGGCAUCACUGCAGACUGCAAGGGUAACACAUUCACAGAUACCUCGAACUCCUAACAACCAAAUUAGCAUCAGUUCCUACAAGAACAAUGUCAACCAAACGUCAGAGCAAAGCAGCACUGAGCAGAUGGCUAAUGAAACAGAUGUUCUUGAAUCACAAAAUGGAAAUAACACAUCUGAUAGUGGGAAAACCAACAAUGGAACUAUUCUACCUAAGAUAAAGCCCCAAAUCACAAACAGAAACCUGAGAAGUCAAUACAAGCUUUCAAGUAAAAGAUUAAAUACUAACAAGAAGUCAAGUGCAAAACAUGAGACUCCAGAUUACUCAUCGUCAUUCACAUCGGAGGAUAUUCCUUUAAAGGACCUAGCUAAAAAUAGCGGGAGUGAGUCAGACAAAGUGACUCAAGCUAAGCGUGAGUUUGUGUUGAACUCACAAACUGACAGUGGCAGAGGUCGUAAGUUUUCUGUGGAUUCAGGAGUUAUCAACAGGAGUGAGAGUGGGAAAAUUACCCAGCGAACUGAUCAGUCCAGAGCUUCUAGUACGAAGACAAGGAGAAAUUCAGUUUCUGUUUGCCGAACUGAUGUAACAAGUUCGGAAGAACUAGAUAAAUACAUUAAACAAGAUAAUUUGGCUGCGAAAAUUGAAACCCACAAAUCAAUCAGAGACGAGUUGAGAGAGUUGGAAGAAAAACUUCUAAAUGGAUCUAGUUUCUUGGAAAAGUCUAGAAAACAAAAGUUAGUCGACCCGCAAGUGGAGGAAUCGGCAAAAGAAAUGUGCAAAGGUAUGAUUGGAACACCUAGAAACAUAUCUGAUGAAGACAGUGAUGGAGAAACACAAGACAAUCUUGAUAUCUCUUGGAAUGAUAUACAUAACAAGAUUAAAGCUGAAUCUGAUGCUGCUGAAGCGAAAUUGGAAGAGUAUUACACUGCAUUGGAGAAAAAUGAGCUUGAUAUUGGGGAAACAGAGGAUUAUAUUGCUCUUGAGGAGGAACAAAAAGAGAGAUUAUUAAAAGCUUUGAAGGAAAUUGACAAGGAAGCCCAAGGAGUGAGCAGUGCUAGCUCCUCUGAUGAAUCGAAACUGUCCUCGAGCCGUAAACCAACUCGGAGAAAAUCAGAUGGUUACAGCUACAACUUCUCAAAAAAUAUUGAUAACUUACAUAGAGGCCUUCCUGUGUAUGACAAAGUGAAAAUUCCCGCUGUUGAAAAAAUGAGAAGGGAAGAGAAGGAAUAUUUAUCAGAAGUAGAAAGUGGUAGGAAGAACAAAGCUGAUUUUAUGAAAGAUUUAUUUGGCAACUAUGACACUGUGGGUCUACAGACAGACAGUUUUCCUUCCUCUGAAAGGCGCAGUGAAGAUGUGGAAAGGUUAGUGGAACUUAACAGACCCUUUGACUGAUUUUUAACCUUUUUUCAAGGAGAAGCCUUUCUUAACUUGAAAGUGUUAUAUAAGUACAGUUUAAAAUUUAUUUGUUGUGGGUUGUAGAGGAUGGAACUUGUACAGGAUACUUAUCACGCUCAAAUGAUACUAGUCAAUACUUUUGCACCAAAGUUAAGAAUAAGUUUUUAUAUUUUUAGAUGUAAAGAGAUAUUUGUUCAUAAAUUAUUAUUUUCAUGGUUGAAAUAUUAACUUAUUCUAGUCAGCUAUACAAAAUAUACAACAUUUGAUGUGUAUAUUAUACAACAUACUAAGAAAUGAAUAUUUAUCUGGAAAAACUAUAUAUUGUAUGCCUUAACAUAUGUGCAUUUAAAGGUACAAAUAAAAUAUUAUUUUGAUAUGAAAAUUGAAAAUGUCUUUCGAUACGUCAUCUCAGACAAACUAUUUUGAAAAAGUAAAUGUUAAUAAAGUGAAUUACUGUUAAAAA